AUGUCAGAUUUGCCAUCUAUAUGCUUCAGGACCGAGCUCAUCAUUGGUGGAAGUCAGUGGAGCGCACAUUGGCACACGAGCAUAAGGCAGUUAUCUGGAAGAGGCACCACUAGUCCUCAAGAGGCCGAAGCUUGGAUAGAUAAAAUGAAGAAAGCCUUCAGGGUAAUGGAAUGCACUGAAGAAGAGAAUGUCAAAUUUGCCAUCUAUAUGCUUCAGGACCGAGCUCAUCAUUGGUGGAAGUCAGUGGAGCGCACAUUGGCACACGAGCAUAAGGCAGUUAUCUGGAAGAGAUUUCGUACAGCCUUCUACUCUAAGUAUUUCCCCUCUAGUCACCUGAGAGAGCUAGAGAGGAAAUUUCUCAACCUGAAUCAAGGAACUAUGACUGUGGAUGAGUAUGAGGCAGAGUUUGACAGGCUAUCUCGGUUUGCUCCCACCCUCGUUAUGGAUGCAGAGUCCAGAAUGAGGAGAUUUGAAGAAGGAUUGAAGCCUCACUUACGUCGGGGUUUGGCCGUAGUACACUCAACAAACUAUGAUGAUCUAGUAGACAGGGCCAAGAAUCUGGAAAUUGUCUAG